GUGAAAGAAAAGAAGCCGUAUUUGGUGGUGAUAGAGGUCCAUAGAAGGCGAAUGCUCAAGAAAAGUUUAUGGAAAUUGAGGAAACAUGAAGAUGGAGGUGGUGGUGUCAUCGUCCGGGCGGUUUGGGGACCACGACACACCCUUCAAGAAUGAAGAAAUAAGGGAAUGGUCGGGGGUAGAUCAGAUUACGGGGAUGCUAGAGCAAGCCAGGAUCGAGACUGGUCAGUGGCGAGCUUUCAACAAUGGUUCUGCCCAUUCCUAUGGAAAAAUGGUGGAUUCUCGUCAACGGAAUAAUGUCGACGGUACAGUCAUUCAAAAGGCUCGUCGUCAAGUGGAAGUUUUGCAGAGUCAGGAGCCAGGCAGGCGUGUUCAGGUGGUCCGAGCAUCUUACUGGUCAUCCUCUAGAGUCACAGACAAUCAAGGGCCUCCGUCUUUCCUCCAUAAGCUCGAAAAAUACCCAUUCUUGAAGCGCAGCACUUCUGAGGACGAUUUAUCACUAUUUCCUCUAGAAAAUCCCCCAAAAUCCCCAACCCCAAGUUUCACCCGAGCUUCAAAGCUCCGUAGAUCCCUGCAGAUCCCCACGCAUCGUUCGAAAAUUUCUCUUCCCGCAUCGACUCUCCAAAAAUCUCCACUGAGUCCCAAAAAAUUACUAGAAAAUCACUAUAUCCUCGAAAAUUCCAAAAAAAGUCUAGAAAAUCGAUGUCCAAAAAAUUCUCCGAAAUUAUGUGAAAAUCAUUACAGCUCAAUCAAUUCCCAAAAAUCACUAGAGACUCACUUCAGCUCUGAAAAUUCAGUCGAGAACCACUACAUCCCCAUAUCGUCAACAAUAACCCUGAAAGACCCGAUGAAGUCUGAAAUUUCAAUAAAAAAUUCAUCCCUCAAAUCUCAGCGAUCUUCACAUUUAUCUCCGAAAUUCCCGAGGUCUCAGGGUUCGCCCUCGAAGCCUCAAAGAUCCCAAGUGACUGUCGUCAACCUGAUAAAUCCCCCGAAAACAAGUAUAGUAACUCUGGGCUCUUCCGGAACUCCGGGGAUCCCCGCUAUCAGCCUCUCAAAAAAAAAAGUGGGAUUUUGCAAAACAGAGAUUCACUUCGCAGCGGACUCCGGAAAAGUCAACAUCGUUGAGACGGAUGGCAAGCCUCCGCCGACCAACAAAUUCCGGCGCAGGCGAAAAACCCAGACUUUCUCUCCAAAUCUACUCAAAAACAAAGAUGGGGAUCUGGGAAUUUCUGGGGAUACGGAAAAAAAAGUUUGGAUCAAUUCAGACCUCAAUCCGAAGAUUCACACGACAACAAUUUGCCUCGGAGAUGCGGGGAUAGGAGGGGCUGUGGAUAAAGUUGAUUUUAGAACUAGAGGUGAUCUGAAAUCCCCUAAAGCUGUUUCCGAGAUCAUUUCUAGGAGAAAUCUGGCCAAUUUUGUUUCGCGGGAUUCUGAAGAUAACAAAGUCCUCUCCACUGUAGUCACCACCCACGAGUCCACAAUUGCGAGAGUAGAGGAAAAUAUCUCAAGUGGAAAAUCUCAUGUUAUUAGUGACAAAGAGUCCCUGGAUGGGGCGGAAGACAAGAAGAUCGAUGAGACUGAGAAAUCAGUGGAGAGUGACGAGGUGCAGCAAAAGAGUGGGGGUACGGCGACGAAAAUAGUGGAGACUGAUAUGGUAGCGCCGCUUUAUGUCAAUGUAUUUGGAAGAGUUCGGGACGCCUUUCCGGUUUACGAGAAUUAUCGGGUGGGGGGCGAGAAAAAGCAGAAGAGUGAGAUGAAACGUCCAAAAGAGAAAGAGAGGGUUUUAAAAAAAAACAAAGCAAUCAGUCCUAACAACGGGGUGAAGAGAUACCCAUUUGCGAAACGGGGAUCACAGGGGAGUGGCUCAACUGGGGGAAGGUCUCAGAGGGAUGUCGUCAAGGUGAAGAGCAUCAAGAGACCUAUCAGCGGGGAUGGAACAAUCAGGACCAAGAAGCAACCGAUGGAGGUAGUCUACCGUACAGCAGUCUAUAAUAUGAAAAAUGAGAAGCUCGCGAAGCCUAGUCCACCCAAAGCGAAAUCAGGGCCGAGACUUCUGAACGACCUCAUCUGCGGAGGAAAACCAAAAAAGAACACAAACUCGUCAAAACGAAAAACUUCAAGUUCAUCUCAGGGAGUAAAAGGUUCUUCUCAGCUUACCAGACAUUGGAAAUGAGCGGAAUCAUCUCUGAAGAUUUCCCAAGAGACUUGCCUAAAGAAUCGUGAUAUUUUCAUUAGAAGGAAUAUAAUUUGUUAGUGAUAUAAGCUAUUUGAAACACUGGAGAUUUAUAAUUCAAACCCAGAGAUUGAGCUCUCUUAGUUAAAUGGAUUUCCAAUAAUAGAAUUAAAAGCUAUAUUUGUUAAUUCUUUCAAGAAGGCCAAUGAUAUGUAAAAAUACAUAUAUUAUCUAUAUACAAUACUUUAUAAUAUGAUCGG